UUGACAGGGCGAAUGUGCAUGACUUUCAUAUCACACAACAAUAUUAACGCAAAGAUGUUUGCGACUAAUGCACUACUUAUGUAAAUGUUCUGAGUCUAUUUAUAUGAAGACCUCAGUUCACACAGAAAUUAGUCCUCGUCAGAUGUUUGGAUUAUUUCGAGAUGUUUCUUCGAGAAUGACAGCUUCCUCCAGCAUGUCUGCGUCCUAAAGCUCAUUGAGAGGAGUGGGUGUCGGGGAAUGUGGAAUCCCAUGUCUACCCUGCCCCUUGGGCUCAGACAGGGAAGAGUGCCCAACGUGUGGGGUGUGUUGGGAUGCUGCAGACUCUAUUCCCAGAGCUCAGUGAAGCCCCCCAAAACCCCCAUCAAAAAUUCCUCAGCAACACUAACACCUCAGGCUGACAAACAGAGACGGAAGCUGAAGAGGGAAAAGGCCAUCCUUUCUAAGGACGUGGAAACUGAAGAGGUAAAAUGGACCCCAAAAGAGAAGAUUGUAUACAGUGCUUCAACAACACCUGGUUGGAAGAAAGACACCUCUGUACCUUUGCCUCAGGCCUACAGUCCGGAGUUUGUGGAGUCCUGUUGGUACCAGUGGUGGGAGAAAGAAGGCUUCUUCACUCCAGAGCACCAUAGGAAGUUGCCACAUGCUGUCAAGCAGACCUUCUCCCUCUGCAUCCCCCCUCCCAAUGUCACCGGGUCCCUCCAUCUGGGUCAUGCCUUGACAGUGGCGAUAGAGGACAGCCUUUCCCGAUGGCGACGGAUGCAGGGCUACAAGGUGCUUUGGGUCCCGGGCUGUGAUCAUGCUGGAAUUGCCACACAGUCUGUUGUUGAGAGGAGCUUGUUGAGGAAAUAUGGGAAACACAGGCAAGAGUACAGCAGGGACGAGUUUCUACAGGAGGUGUGGAACUGGAAAAAUGAUAAAGGAGUUGAGAUUUAUGAGCAACUGAGGAAGCUCGGGGCCUCGCUGGACUGGACCAGAACCUGCUUUACCAUGGACCCAGGUUUCAGCAGUGCUGUGACGGAGGCCUUCGUACGUCUGAGUGACUCUGGUCUCAUCUACCGUUCGGAAGCUCUAGUGAACUGGAGCUGUGCUCUGGAGUCCACCAUAUCUGAUAUAGAGGUAGACUCAAAACAAUUGACCGGUAGGACUCUUCUGUCAGUUCCUGGUUAUGAUCGCCAAGUCGAGUUUGGUUCCAUAGUUACAUUUGCGUAUCCUGUGGAAGGGCACGAGACAGAGUUGUGUGUCUCAACAACGCGACCAGAGACCAUGCUGGGAGACGUGGCUGUGGCUGUGCACCCUGACGAUCCACGCUACACUGAGCUCCAUGGAAAGCACUGCAGACACCCCUUUAUGGAUCGCCUACUGCCCAUCAUCCCCGAUCCCUCUGUAGAGAUGCACUUUGGCACAGGAGCAGUGAAGAUCACUCCGGCUCACGACCACAAUGACUUCCAGCUGGGCAAGAGGCAUGAUCUCCCGCGCCUCACUGUGAUCGGUGGAGAUGGACUCAUGACUGCCCUCUGUGGGAAGUGGCUGGAGGGUGUGAAGCGGUUUGAUGCGCGGGUACGAGUGCUGGACGCCUUGACGGAGAAGAAACUACUGAGAGGGAGUAAGGAGCACGCCAUGGCUCUGCCCAUCUGCAGUCGCUCUGGAGAUGUGAUUGAGCCACUUCUGAAGAGACAGUGGUUUGUCAGCUGUGAAGAAAUGGCCAGGAAAGCCAUUCAGGGUGUGGAAGAAGGUCAGCUUGAGAUUCUGCCUCCCGUUUACACAAAGAUUUGGAAGAACUGGCUCUCCAACAUCAGUGAUUGGUGCAUCUCCAGACAGCUGUGGUGGGGGCAUCAAAUUCCAGCCUAUCGUGUGUCUCUACCACACACCAACACUGAAGAGGAGGAGCGGUGGGUUUGGGGCCAGAGUGAGGAUGAAGCCCUUGAGAGAGCCGCUGCCAAGUUUGGAGUGACAAUGAGUGAAAUAACUCUAACUCGGGACACUGAUGUUCUGGACACAUGGUUCUCAUCAGCCCUCUUCCCCUUUGCCAUGUUAGGAUGGCCACAGCAGACGGCGGACCUGGAGCAGUUCUACCCCAACUCCAUCCUGGAGACAGGAAGUGAUCUCAUAUUCUUCUGGGUCGCCAGGAUGGUGAUGCUCGGCACUGAACUGACUGGACAGCUGCCUUUCAAACAGGUUCUGCUCCAUUCCCUGAUAAGAGACAAGUAUGGCCGCAAGAUGAGCAAGUCUCUUGGUAACGUCAUCGACCCGCUUGAUGUCAUACACGGAAUUACACUUCAGAGGCUGCAGGAGAAGGUGACAGAGGGGAACCUGGACCCCAGAGAGAGCACUGUUGCCAUGGAAGCACAGAGGAAAGACUUCCCUCAGGGGAUCCCAGAGUGUGGUACGGAUGCCCUGCGCUUCGCUCUCUGCUCCUACAGGACACAAGGUGAGGAUGUGAGCAUGUCCGUUUCCCACGUGCUCAGCUGCCGGCACUUCUGCAACAAGAUGUGGCAGACUGUACGCUUCACACUGGGGGUCCUACAGCACAGCAGUGAGCCUAUCACACCCCUAGACCAGAUUUCUCCUGUUACCCACAUGGACCGCUGGAUCUGCUCUCGAAUGCUCAGCACCGUGCGGAAAUGCGAAGAGGGUUUCCAUAGUUACGAGCUGCAUGCCGUCACCGCCACUCUGCAUUCCUUCUGGCUGCACAGCCUCUGUGACGUGUAUCUGGAGUGCAUUAAACCGAUGUUGAGCCCGCAGGCCACAGAGAACAAUGAAAGCAGAGAGCACGCUGGGAGUUUGACAGAGACGGAGAGACGCGCGGCUGCAGAUGCGGCACGCUCGCUCCUUUACCACUGCGUAUGCCUCUCACUGACCCUCCUCAAUCCCAUCAUGCCUUUCAUCACAGAGGAGCUUUGGCAGAGGCUUCACUUGCACGACCCGCGGGCUGACGUCAAGCACGCCACCAGCCUGUGCGUGCAGCCCUACCCACACCAUUCUCAGCUGACUGGCUGGGACUUCCCUCAAGAGGAGGCAGACUUUGAGCUGGCACAGGAAGUCAUCCGCGUGGCGAGGUUGCUGAGGGCCCAGUGCCACAUGACCAAAGAGAAAGCUCAGUUGUGGGUUGUGUGUACUCCUGCUCAGUGUCAGACAUUGCUACCAUUCUCUGGCCCUAUUGAGACACUGGGACGCAUCUCUGGCCUGCACUUCCACUGCCCACCUCAGGAGGGUGACAUUGCCAUGUCCACUUCAGCUCCACCCCCACCUGAAGGCUGUACUGUGGGAGUGGUUGACAACACCUGUCACCUGCAUCUGGAUGUUCAGCAACACGUUGCAGUUGACAAGCAAGUGGCAUCUCUGUUGGAACGCAAAGGCCGUUUAGGACGCAAGCUGGACCACUUGAUUGGCCGCACUGCCAUGCCUGGCUUUCUGGAAAAAGUUCCGGAACAUGUGAGACUGGAUAUGGAACAGAGGAUAACGGCCUUGAAGCAGGAACUGAACAACAUUGAGGAGCAAGUUCAGGCUCUGGAACAAAUUAAACAAAGCAAGCAGUAGUUCUAUUGUGUUAUUUGUAAAUAUGUCAAAUAAAACUACUUAUUUCUCUUUGA